AUGUCUGGAAAAAACUUGCUAAUUGGUAUAGAUGUUGGAGGAACAAACACGGACUCCGUGUUGCUCAACCCCUCGCUGUUCGAAUCGGAGUCUAGGGGUGUCAUUGCUUAUCAUAAAUCGCUUACUACGGCUGAUGUUUCGGACGGUAUCUCCAACGCACUCGACCGGUUGUUUGACGAGGACAAGGGAUAUACGGCAAAGGAUGUCUUGGCGAUCACCAUCGGAACUACGCACUUCAUCAACGCUGUUAUAGAACAGGAUAAAGCCCGGUUGGACCCUGUAGCAGUGAUAAGAUUGUGCGGCCCUUACUCCAGAGGCUCGUAUCCUUUCUCAGAUUAUCCAGAGGGAUUGACCAAAAUCAUAAAGAGCUACACAGCCUUUGUUGAUGGUGGUAACAGGGUUGACAGUGCCGAGAUCCAGCCUCUCGACGAAGAAAAGAUCCUUGAACACGCUAGAAAAAUCAAGGCCUUGGGGAUCAAGUCUGUCGCCAUCGUUGGGAUUUUCUCUAUCAUUGACAAAGUCCACGAGCAAAGAGCCGCAGAACUAGUCAAGCAGGUGAUUCCUGAUGGUAACGUCGUCAUGUCCCAUACCGUUUCUGGUAUUGGGUUUUUGGCCAGAGAAAACGCAACAAUUUUGAAUGCUUCUAUCAUGUCCUUUGCAGCCAAGAUCAUCGGUUCUUUUAUCAAAUCUGUGCGUUCCAGGGGAUUUGCUUGUCCUAUUUUGUUGACUCAAAAUGACGGAACUGUUUUGACUGUAAACGAGGCCCUUAAAACCCCAAUCAGAACAUUCUCCUCCGGUGCCACUAACUCCAUGAGAGGUGCAGCGUUCCUUUGUACUAAGGAGAAGGAAAUAUAUGGUAAGAGUAUUAUGGUGGUCGAUAUUGGUGGAACAACCACUGAUGUCGGUCUCUUAUUACCAUCAGGCUUUCCAAGACAAUCUUCUUCUCACUCCGAGGUCGGAGGUGUUAGAGUCAACUUUUCCAUGCCUUAUGUUGAGAGUAUUGGUUUGGGUGGUGGUUCCAUCGUCAGAGAAACUGAUGGUGAAGUCACUGUUGGUCCUGAUUCUGUUGGCUCCGACAUCAAAACAAGAGCUAAAGUCUUUGGUGGUGAUACCGUUACCACGACAGAUGUUACUGUGGCUAUAAAAGAUGGUAAAUCCAUGUUUGAUGCUGGUGAUAAGUCAAAGGUCGUAGGCUUGUUCUCAGAUUCCUUCCAGAAGAAGUAUCAGAAAGUGGUCAAAACAAAGCUAGAAAGGGUUAUUGAUGGAAUGAGAACAGGCCCAGAGCCUCUGCCAGUGCUUUUAGUUGGUGGUGGUUCUUUCAUUUCUCCAAUGGAGUUAGAUGGGGCCUCGAAGGUGUAUAGACCUCCAUACUAUCAAGUUGCCAACGCCAUUGGUGCUGCAAUGGGUAAAUUGUCAGCAUCUAAAAACAAGAUUGAAUUCCUUGGUAGCAUCAAUGAAAAAGAUGAGGUUUUCGAACAAAUGAAGAAAGAAGUUACUGCUGACAUAGUCUCCAAGGGUGCUCUAGAGUCCUCUGUUCAAAUUGUUGAUAUGUCCUACGAUCCAGUUCCUUAUGUCGAUCGUACUUAUACUUUUGAGAUUAAAGUUGUUGGUGACAUAGAUUAUGAUAAAGUUGCUACUGCUAUUCAAAAACUUGAAAGCAUAGACGCUGAGCUUUUGGAAGAAGAAAAGGAGGAUCAACAAAAAGCUGAAGCUGUUUAUAAGAACUCUAGCUUUGGUGAUGAGGAGGCUACUCAUGCCGACAGUAGUUUGUUUGACUAUGAAGCAUACAAACCGCAUGUUAACGAGAAAAGACAAUGGAUUAUCUCGGAAACUGAUUUGGAUUUCAUCAGAAUUGGCACAUACAUUCUCGGAUGUGGUGGAGGUGGUACUCCAUACCCAAUCUACUUGGAGAUGAGAAAUAUGCUCAGAAGCGGUGCAGUAAUCAGGGUGAUCGACUUGCAUGAUGCUCCUAAAUAUGCCAAGGGUGAGGGAAAGUUUAUCACUGUGGGUUUUGCUGGUUCUCCUACCGUUGCCGAUGAGCAACUUCAGGGUAACGAAUUGAAUGAUGCCUCUGAAGCUAUGUUUGAUUACCUAAAGACUAAAGUAGAUGGUGUUUUCCCACUUGAAAUUGGUGGUGGUAAUGGUUUCAAAGGAUUGUACUGCGGAGCUUCCACACAGUUGGAUAUUCCUGUCAUUGAUGCAGACUUGAUGGGUAGAGCAUAUCCAACCCAUUCCCAAAUAGUGCCAUGUGCAGUGAGUGAUAAAAUGCAACUAACGCUCACUUCCGUCUCGGACGGUAACGGAAACAAGUUCUUGAUCACUAGUGCUCAAUCCGACUUGUACGUUGAAAAAAUGAUGAGAGCUGCCCUAGCAGAGGUUGGAGCCCACGUUGGUGUGGUCAAUGUGCCGAUGACAUGUAAGCAGCUCGAGAACAUGACUGUCCAUAACUCUCUCUCGAUUGCUUGGAGAAUUGGUAGGGCUAUUAGAGUUGCUCGUCAAAAAUUCGAAAUCAACAAACUACCUGAAAGAAUUCUUGAAUCAGUUGGUGGGAAAACCUCUGGUAAACAGAUAUUCGCCGGUAAAAUAAUAGGUGUUGAAAAGAGGCUUUUCAAGGGUCAUGUCUAUGGUGAAGUGAUUAUUGAAAGUGAAGAAAAGCACAAAAUGUGCAUUCCAUUCAAGAACGAAAACAUCUUAGCCAAAGUUCAAAAGAAAGGCUCCAGUGAAUGGGAAACUGUUUGCUCCGUACCAGAUUUAAUAUCUGUUUGCUACGCUGACAGCGGUGAAGCGGUUGGUACUCCAGAGUAUCGUUACGGUGUCAUGGUUUUUGUUUUGGCCUUUUCUCCUUCUGAUUUGUGGACCAAUACUGAGAGAGCUAUUACUGUCGGUGGUCCAAAGUCUUUCGGUCCUGCAUUUGAAAACAUAGAAUAUAAGCCUGUCGGCAAAUAUGUUUACCCAGUAUCUGUGAUUUCUGAGUAUGGUCCUAAAGAGUAG